AUGACAAAUAAAAACUGUACACAACAUACAAAAUAACAAAUACACUUGAUGAACAAAAAGAAACGACCCAACCUUUUUCUUCUCCUAAUUCUAUUUUGUCAUCAUUUUUCAAGUAACAUUUUGGUUUUUGGGCAAAAGAUAGAAAAAGAAACAAGUGUUUAAUUGUAAUUAAUUAGAGGUCAUUUGAAAACAACAACAAAAACACUUGAGUAAUUUUCGAAAACACUUUUCAGGUCUCGAUAUUCUCAAAGAAAUUUUGGCAAAAGUAUCUGAACUUCCCGAAGAAGCAUCUCAACCAUUCUACAAACGACACUACAUUGAUAUUCUUCAACAUGUUCUUGCUGUUGCAUGUGAUAGUUCACAAGUUCAUGUUGCUGGUUUAACAUAUUAUGCUGAAGUAUUGUGUGCUCUUUUCCGUGCUCCAGAAUAUUCAAUCAAAUUGCCAUUAAAUAGUGCAAAUGAACAACAAUCGAAUAUUGAUUAUAUUUAUGAACAUAUUGGUGGAAUCUUCUCGCAACAUUUCUCCAAUUUGACACAGUUAGUUUAUUUUUUUUUUUUUGAAAAAUUAUUUGGAACCUGAAAACGUGUAAUCUUAUUUAAUUUUCAGAGAUCAAAUUCGUGUUAUCAUCAAAGGAUUUUUCUCGUUCAACACUGAAAUUGGAUUGAUGAGAAAUCAUUUGAGAGAUUUCCUUAUUCAAAUCAAGGUGAGCUUUUCAAAUUCUUGAAAAUUCAUUCUCAUUUUCGCCAUUUUCAGGAAUUCAAUGGUGAAGAUACAUCUGAUUUGUUCCUUGAAGAACGCGAAGCUGAAAUUCAACAAGCUCAAUCAAGAAAACGAGCUGUUCCUGGAAUGAUCAAUCCAAAUGAUUUGCAAGAAGAAGAUGUUUUCUAUUAA